GGCUCCGCCGGGGCCCGCCAUGCCUUUUACCACACAGUCGCCUGCCAGUGGUGAGCAAUAUGUCCUGACAGCCAGCCUGGACAACGCCCGCAAUUUGUCCAGCCUCCUCAGGGCCGUCCACUUCCAGGAUCAUGCCACUUGCUUCGCCACGGCCAACGGCCUUCGGGUGACCGUGGAGGAUGCUAAAUGCAUUCAGGCCAAUGCUUUUAUCCAGGCAGAAAUUUUUCAGGAAUUUCAUGUUCAGGAAGAAUCAGUGGUGUUCCGAAUCAAUUUGGCUGUUCUUCUUGACUGCUUGACCAUUUUUGGUGCCAGUUCUUUGCCAGGAACAUCAACAGCUCUUCGGAUGUGCUACCGUGGUUAUGGCAAUCCCUUGAUGUUGUUCUUAGAAGAAGGAGGAGUAGUGACAGUGUGCAGAAUUAACACUCAAGAGCCUGAGGACUUGUUAGACUUCAAUUUCUGCAGUACCAACGUCAUCAAUAAAAUUAUCCUGCAGUCAGAGGGGCUGCGAGAAGCAUUUUCUGAACUUGAUAUGACCAGUGAAGUUCUGCAGAUUACCAUGUCUCCAGAUAAACCAUAUUUCAGGUUAUCCACUUUUGGAAAUGCAGGAAAUGCACAUCUGGACUAUCCCAAGGAUUCAGAUUUAAUGGAAGCAUUCCACUGUAACCAAACUCAGACAAACAGGUACAAGAUUUCUUUGCUUAAACCAUCUACAAAGGCACUGGCUUUAUCUUGUAAAGUCUCAAUUCGAACAGAUAACCGAGGAUUUCUUUCACUGCAGUAUAUGAUCAGGAAUGAAGAUGGACAGAUCUGUUUUGUAGAAUACUACUGUUGCCCCAAUGAGGAAAUCACUGAAGCAGAAUUGUAGCUGCAUAUUCUGAUUCUAGUGUCUGUAUUAUAUUUAUGAAGAUAUGAAGUGUUUUAUGUUUAUAAUGCUGAUUGAAAUCUGUAAAGAGAGAUAGAGUUGGUAAUAUUAUGUACUUUUUUUUACAGCUGUGGGAUUGAAAAUAACAAGUCUUGUUUCCUAAAUUCCCCUGCCAGUUUCUCAGCCUUGACACAGAAAAAAAGCAGAAAGUAGAAUUAAUCUCCAAAAGCCACAGCUACCACACACGUUAAAGCUGUCUUCUUGUAAUAUGCUGCAUAUGCACAACUUCCUCUUCCAGGAGACUCACAUCUCCAUCUUAGUUCUGCAUUCACUACCUCAUCCAACAAUGCUUUGGUGCAGGACUCCAUGAACAAAACCACCUUGGAGAUUUUUCAGCCAUUCUUCAAGCUGUUCCCCCAAAUCCAUGACAAAGAGCUGCAAGAAACAGAUUGCUGUGUGCAAGGGAGGUGGCCACCCAUACCAGUGCCCAUCAGCAGCCAUGGCCCAAGUCAGCUCCUGUGGGGCAACAGCUCUGCCAGAAGCACACGAGCUGGGCACUGGACUUUCCAGCACCCUGCCUGGAGCCUGGCAGAAGGGAUGGUUAAAGCUCCUGCUGAAGAACUUAGAAGCCUCCUACUCCUAGCUCAGAUAGGACAGUGGGCUAGUCCAAAAAUGAGCAAGUAGCAGAAAGCAGAAGUCAUCAAAGUAAACCCUGCAUUUACAGAAUUAGGUUAUGUAUUUGUACAUUGUGGAUUUUACCCUGUAAGUACCAAUAGAUCAUAGUGCUUUUAUACGACAACAGAAGCAGCAAGCUCCAAUGAUUCUGCUUGCUUGAAGAGCAGCAGACACUCAAGCAGAUGGUUUUCUUCUAGCCAUUUGCACACAAUCUGUGUAGUCCCAAGACCAGAGGAGUGAAUGUUUAGGUUCACAGGUGUUUCCCAUGGAGCUGCGCUCAUGGCCCAGGUCAGGCUACUCCUGCCCAUGUUGAAGCCUCCUGAGAGGAAAAGCAUCAGGUGCUGUGAGGUUGGGGUUUGCACUGCUGGAAGCUCACUCUGCAGAAUGCUGGGCUGCCUAUACAGAGGAAAGGACUGAUCUAGGACUGUCCUGUAGGAGCUGAGGAUGCUUUUACCUCUUCAUGGCGCUGGGUGACACAUUCCCUGCAAGCAGCCACAAUUCAGGGGUGCCCCAGUGAUUCCAGGCAAGCGGUGCUGCCCAUUGCUGCCUGUGGAAUGGGCUGGACCUUGGUUUUGGAGGCCCCUUCUCCCUGCUGCAGGAUAUGCCCUCGUGCUGCAGAGAUGAGGCACAGUGUGCCAAGCUGCAGAAUCUGCUGCUUCAAAACCCAGGCAGGACACCAGUGGAAAGAGCCCUGACACAGCCUGGGCUCGUGUGCUGUGGUGGCUGUGCCAUGGCCGUACUCCUCAGGGCAGCCAGGCACAGGUUAAUGCCAGGACGCUGCAGCUGAGGUGUACUGAACCAACAAAGAGAGGGAUUGGGGAAAGGAGGCACAGAAGGGUGCUGGGUGCACAGAGCUGCACACUGACCCUUUCAGGUCAAGCCCAAGCUUGGAAAUCACGUUGGACAAACUGAUUUGUAGAGGAACACAAUGCAAGUCACAUUAGCCAAAGCAUCUGGAGAAGAGUCUCACUUCCAUAUCCUCCAGCAGAUUUAAAACCACUCAGGUGCCAUGCAGCCUCUGUCUGGUACUGCAGGGCUUCCAGAAUCUGCUGCAAGCCCCACUGCUUCCCCCACACUGCAGCCUCCCAGCUGACAACCAGCUCUGCAACAUCUGCACAGCUGUGUCGUGCCCAGCUCUGCAAUAUCUGGCCAGCAGUGCCCAAGCCAAGCUGCUGAGCACAGCACUGCUGCUUCAGGAGCCGUGCUGCUAAAACCCAGAGGAGCCAUUUCUAGGGCUAAAUGCAGCCCUGACCUCUGUGUUUUGUGCCUUCCUUCCUCCAGCUGAAAGGGGCUCAGCAGAAGUUUUAUCUUUGUCUCUACCCUAUGGUUUUGUUAGGAAAAUGCAGCUUAAUCCAGCGCUCUUCUUGUUUCCCAGCCUUUUUUUCAAGGAUACAAAAGCAGACAAGCACUUUUGGACAGAGCUUUGGCACAUGCACGGCACUUGAGUUAGGGUACGAUGGUGCUAGAUGAGCUCUCGGGCUGCCAGCACAGCCACCACUGGGGAGCGCUUUGGUUCAGCUCGACGGGCAGAGCAGCCACGUGGCAGCAGCAGCCCGCAGCCGGCACAGCUGGGUGGGUGCUGCUCGCCUCCGAGGGCGGCCAGAGGCAGUCGCCAUCCCGCAGCCCUGCUCCCAGCAGCAGAGCUCCUGGAAGGGAUGAGGUCAGUGAGCUGUGCCUGUUUCCAAUCUCCAGCUGCUGGUAGGAGGCCCCAUUACCAACCGUCUGAACAUUUCAGGCUGGUGGAAAAUGUAAGGGGAGGGCCGGCACCAGGAACCUGGACAGAGCAGCAUUUGAGAAGGUUUUUAAAUCACGGACUGAAAAAUCGAUGAUUGUGUAAAUACCUGUGUUAAACUCAUCAAACAGGGGCCUGCCAGAGCAGCCAAAGGCAUGUAAACCACGAUGUGUUGCCUUACGAUGCUUCAGGAACCACACGCUGUAUCACAGACAUACUGUACCCUCCUGAAGCCAAUGCUGGGACCACAGACUUGGCAUAUUCAGGACUAAAUGCACAAACUUGAACUACUUGUACAAAGGGGCAAAUCUCAUGUCAGUGAGAUGCUGUCCCACAAUCCAAUUACUGGUGAGAUAGAGGCUGCUGUUUCUCUUAAAAAACCUUUUGCCCCAUGGUAUAUUACAGCUCAGCCCUUUACAGAUAUCUGACAAAGUGCUCCACUUGCCAGAGACAGUUUGCCAGCAGGAGCUUUCUACAGCUACAAAAAUCACAUCUUGAACCUCCUCAAAUACGGGAAACAUUAAAUCACAGCUUUGAAUUUCUUCUAGCUGUAGUUCACCACGGCAUGUAAUUCUAAGAAUGGUAUUAACAAUCAUUUUCAUAAAAAGAGAGUUGUUAUUGUCCUGAAAAGAAAACAAAAAGUAUGGUUACAGUCUGUGUUUAGUAUCUCUUACUUAUUUCCAGAUGGAUUCAAAUAGGCAGAUGUAAGAAAUUCGGGACAUUCACUUCUAUGAGGUUUUGCUAGGGGCUGGCUUGAGCUCACAAGUAUAACUGCUGACCCACAUUUAGGGAACAAGACCAUUGAAAGUUGAAACUCUGGAUCUGUUGCUUGACAUUAAAUGCAGAGCACUUUUACUGCUCCAUGCGGCAGAUCAAAACCAGAGCACGCGGAGGAUUUAAGCCACUGAUCUGGCUUCAAACCUUGCACCAGUUCAUAUUUGUUCGGAAAAUAGUACUCAGUUUUAUGCCUGUGUCUGCAGAAUCUGUGCUGGGUUACAUCAUGUCUGUCUAUGCGCUGCUUUGUGCCUCACACACAGCUCCUCCAGGACCUUUCCCACCCGUUUCCUCUACACGCCGCAUGAUGACCUGCAGUGCAGCUGCUGGGCUGCCAGCAGUGGCAAACAGCUGAAAGCACCAGAGGCUGCUCCUGCUCCAGGCCCCACGCCACAGCGGGAGGUGUGAUCUUACUAAUCCAUCAGCAAUCAGCAACUAAAUCAUUAAUAUACAAUGUGAAAUGACUCAAAUCUGGCCUGCCAGGUGAUCUCACUGUACUUACUCUGCACACCAGUCUCACUUGCAGCACUCUUGUUCAAAGGAAAUACACUACUGAGAAGCUUAGAGAAAUUUUGUACACAGUCAAAAGAGCUACUUGACCCUCGAGAUACUGCAAAACAUGGUACAAUUCCUGCCAUUUAUGUGGCUUGCCCUGAGACAAAGACACAAUUAGCAAGCUAGUUACUGAAAAAACUAGUUUUUCCAAUAAAACUUGAGAGAUGAUAAAAAGAGUAAAACUCACACAGUCAACCCUGAUAAAUAAAGAGAAUUUCACAUACACAGAUACGCAUGUGCUCACCCAUACAAACAUGCCCACAAAUACACUUCCACUGUAGUUCUGUGUACUGAGUGAAGUGCCAAGUGAUAAAGAACAGGAGAGAUGGGGGCCUCACCCACUUCUGACACUGGUCUAAGGUCUUUUUAAAACCCAUGAUUCUGUGAAUGCAUCCAGUGGUGAAUGGGAGAACUGUAUUAGUUAAGCACGAUACACAUGUGAGAGAUAGCUCUGAGCCUAUCCAUGCAACACAUGGCACGAUCCGCCAAACUGGUUGCACAGGGUUUGGAGUGGAUUCUGUUCCACCCAACAGCUCAGAGUUAAUUGCAAAGUUGCAAAUUCAGCUGACAAUUAUUUAAACACAGAACAUAGGACACAUUCGUACUACAAUAAAGCUGUGACUGUAGCAAGAUUUCCAUCAGUAAAAAAAGGAGCUAAAGUCAUAAAAAGAGCCCGGAUGAAAAAACUGGAAAUAGUUUAUUUGCUGCAUAAGGAAAGUUCUUGUAAAUUACAUAUAAAGAAACUUGCUAUGCUGUAGCGUAUAAUUUUCAGUAUUCCACAAAGAUAAUUGUAAUAAAUAUACAAACCAAAACAAGGUAGAAGACUAAAUCCAUCAGGCAACCUACAAAAUGGUUCACCAGGUUUUAUACUUUGCAGCAGUAGCAUGCUUAAAAUUUUGUUGUUCAUUCUGAAGUGCUGCAGCAAAAUUCUUUUCACAUUUCUUUGGAGCAUUUUCAAAACCACCUAACUAGAAAAUACUGUCCAAAAUAAGCAGGCACUAGUUAAACCACCCAAGAAACGUAACACCAAUGUCUAACUGAUGCAAAGGCAUGUUUUGUUUGUUAAUUUGUUUUAAAAAUCCAAUUUAGGUUUGCCAGGGUUAAGAAUUAUCUGAUAUAAGUGCACUAUGAGUCCAGCCAGCUGGACAAGAGCUGCUGGCUCUUGUCCUGUUGUGUCUCUAUAUUAACUUCACAGGUCAUACAGCUCUGGAGAUUUCUCUAGUAGAGAUGCAUCCACUAGCAGGGAGAAAACAAAUACCACAGUGAAGCUGCAAGAUCAGUCAAAUGUGCAGUGCCUCAAGUGCAGUGUGUGCUUAGAAAAUGUUUUCCAUAACUUUGUUCUAAACUACACUGGGCAUUUUUAUUUGACUUCUAAAUCUGAAAGUGCUGACAAAAGCAUUCUUGAUACCCCUGGCCUCUAGAAACAAAAUACAGGGAUUUUUGAUGUCUUUUGGAGUUCUCUACCUAUCAUUUCUACACUUGUUGACAUAUCAGGCUGAACGGCAUUUUACACCUCACUGCUCUGGACCACACUGACAGACAAGUCUAUUAUUCUGUACAGAUCGUGUUCGAACUGAGAACACUUCUCUGUGCUUUGCUAUUACUGAGUACUUGGGGGUAUAAAAAGAAAUUCUAAUACACGAUUACCUAAAAAUAUUUGUUAAUGAGCUUAAUGCAAAUAUUAUGUAGAAAAAAUGGUUUAGUUAUAAAAAAAAUUAAUUAGAGGGCCAAUAAAAAUAGACUGAAGAGAAGAUCUUUACAAAAGUGAGGUUAGGAAGUAUGAGGCAUUAACAUUCACUGUAAACAUCCUGUGUUCACUAGAAUCCCUUGUCUAAAGUAUAUGUUCUGGUUUUGUU